AUGGUGGGGACAGUGAAGAAGAACAAGCCUCAACUUCCCCCUGCACUGGUGUCGACCAGAGGGAGAGAGGUUCUCUCAUCGAAAUUUGCUUUCACUGACACACACAGUCUAGUGUCAUAUUUUCCCAAGAAGAACAAGAAUGUCAUCCUGAUAAGCACACUACACAAAGACACUGCUGUCAGCACAGCAGAGCACAGGAAGCCCCAUAUCAUCCUGGACUACAACAGAAACAAAGGAGAGAACCUGACAGAGAACCUGACAGAGAACCUGCCAGAGAACCUGACAGAGAACCUGACAGAGAACCUGACAGACGACCUGAUAGAGAACCUGACAGAGAACCUGACAGAGAACCUGACAGAGGACCUGACAGAGAACCUGACAGAGAACCUGACAGAGAACCUGACAGAGAACCUGACAGAGAACCUGACAGAGGACCUGACAGACAACCUGACAGAGAACCUGACAGAGGACCUGACAGAGAACCUGACAGAGAACCUGACAGAGAACCUGACAGAGGACCUGACAGAGAACCUGACAGAGAACCUGACAGAGGACCUGACAGAGAACCUGACAGAGAACCUGACAGAGAACCUGACAGAGAACCUGACAGAGAACCUGACAGAGGACCUGACAGACAACCUGACAGAGAACCUGACAGAGGACCUGACAGAGAACCUACAGCUUUCACAAAGAUUUUGUGGUGGAUUUCGUGGUAUCCGCCUCUCUCUCCCCUGCCUCCUCUUUCAGAUCCGCCUCUCUCUCCUCUGCCUCCUCUCUCAGAUCCGCCUCUCUCUCCUCUGCCUCCUCUUUCAGAUCCGCCUCUCUCUCCUCUGCCUCCUCUCUCAGAUCCGCCUCUCUCUCCUCUGCCUCCUCUCUCAGAUCCGCCUCUCUCUCCGCUGCCUCCUCUCUCAGAUCCGCCUCUCUCUCCUCUGCCUCCUCUCUCAGAUCCGCCUCUCUCUCCUCUGCCUCCUCUCUCAGAUCCGCCUCUCUCUCCGCUGCCUCCUCUCUCAGAUCCGCCUCUCUCUCCGCUGCCUCCUCUCUCAGAUCCGCCUCUCUCUCCGCUGCCUCCUCUCUCUAUUCAUCAAACGUCUUCAAAUCAGCCCAAAAAAGGGAAAUCAGCAGCUGCUCAAAAGUCCAGGAGUUUUUGUCCAAUUUCCUGAAGAUUUAUGGAGCGGGAGGUUUUUUGCUGGACUUUGCAAACUGUACCUGACGAGGGGAGGCCGGUGA